AUGUUCUCAGAGGCCAAGGUGUUUGGACUUGAUUUCAAUGUCGAUGUAUCUAAUGUCAGGUUCCGAGCUGUUCAAUGGAUUGUUUCCGAGGCCAUUUUAGGUCUCUGCUUAUUGAUUAACUAUCUUCAUCCCAAGUAUUACAAAUAUGCUUUUAGAAUUUGCAUGGGAAUUGUAAUCUUGGACUUUUUGCUCAAUGUGAUUUGGCUUCCUAUUGGUGUUAGCCAGACAUAUGGAUUCCAGUCUGCUGACUUUGUAUUUACCAACUUCGAAAAUGAGACUGGAGGAGCAUCCAAUACGUGGGCUUGGAUGCUGUGUUUCUUCGCUACUGCUGGAGUACAAGUUGGAUUUGAUGCCAGUGCUCAUGUUGCCGAAGAGACUAAGAAUGCAAGUGUCACGGCUGCCAAGGGUCUUAUUUACUCGGCCAUUGCUUGUACCCUAAUGGCAGCUCCAAUUAUUCUUAUCUUCCUAUUCUGCACUCCUGAUUUGGACGUUCUUUUCAGUUUCGAUGCUCCACAACCUUUUGUUCAAAUAUAUGCCCUGGCUCUCGGAAAGCGUGCGCACUGUGUCAUGACAGCUCUGUCAGUGCUCAGUACUCUGGCCAGUUCUAUUGUUUCAAUUGUUGCUGCGUCCCGUCUUGUCUAUGCUAUUGCCAGAGAUGGAGUUCUCCCUUUUUCCGGAUGGAUCAGUAAGGUUUCGCCCAAAACUAACCAGCCCACAAAUGCCAUCACAUUCAUUGGAAUUGUAUCGGCAAUUCUGCUGUGUUCUAUUCUUCCUAGUGCGUUGGCCUUCCAGAGUCUUGUCUCUAUAUCAGGUGUGCCAACAGUCAGUGCCUGGGGACUUAUCUCCUUUGGUAGAUUUUUCCUCAGCAAGCAGACUGCUUUCAAGCCUAAACUGUCUCUUGGAGUGUUCUCAAAACCGUUCCAACUAAUCUCGUUCCUCUGGAACACAUACCUGGCAGGUAUCCUGUUCUCCCCUCAGGAGUUUCCCGUCACCGCCCAGAACCUCAACUACGCACCCAUUAUCAUGGGAAUUGUCACGAUGUUCGCUCUGUGUGCGUACUUCAUCAUCCCCGAGGAGCGUUGGCUAAAACUCAAGUCCAACGUGCUAGGAAUCGAAGAAAACUCUGACACCGACUCCUCUCAACACUCCUCUUCCCAAUCGUAA